AUGGACCACCUACGUCUGCUACGGAGCCAUAACGUGAGGUACAAGACCCCCUGGCAGUUUCAGCAUAAAGUGAACUCCACCAUCAUCGCCUGCACCCUCCAGCCACUGUCCGCUAACGACGCUCUAGAAGAACGCCUCCUACUAGACUCUGUAGCUUGGCCUGAAAUUCCACUUUUGCCGGCUCUCCUUUCCCUGGAGCAUACAAGUGACCCAGCCCACAGCACCUUCACCAUUCUCCCAGUGAGGGGAGGAGGACAGUGGCACGUAGGGGAUCAGCUGGAGGUUAUAAUCAAAGUGUCGGAUUUCCAGGGCCGUCCUAAGAAGUCUGGGGGAGACUUUUUACUCGUCCGGCUGCACAGCCAGAAGCUAGGUGCAGGUGUGGCUGGACAGGUGGUGGAUCAUCUGAAUGGCAGCUACUCUGCAGUAUUCUCUUUACUCUGGGAAGGAGACGCGCAGGUUGAGGUGACACUGGUUCACUCCAGUGAGGCUGUUGCAGUGCUGAACAGGCUGACCAGCGAACAGCCUGACAGGAUUUACUUUGUGAGCCUCUUCCGCUCAGGCUCAAUCUCUGAAACUACCAUCUGUAACGCCUGCCUACGUCCAACCCAGCAGCCACAGUGCAACUACACUGACCUCCGUACAGGCGAGCCUUGGUUCUGCUACAAGCCAAAGAAGCUGAGCUGUGAUGCCAGGAUUGACCACGCCAAGGGAGGAUACAUACAAAACAUCACGGACAACGAGAAGAAGCUCUUUCAAAGUGGUGUCAACAUGAAAGUGUACAUUCGUGCUUCAGGACCUGCCAAAGUCACCGUAUUGCCAAAAAAGACAGAGAUGAAGAACAGCAGUGUGAAGUGUGGACCCUCUGGCUAUUACUACCAGGGUGUGUGGCGAGCACUAGGUGGCACCACAGUUCAACAAUUUAACAUCUCUGACAUCAGUCAGUGUCUGAAACGCAAAGUGGUCCACAUGUAUGGGGACUCCACCAUCAGGCAGUGGUUUGAAUACCUCAACGCAGCACUACCAGAUCUUAAGGAGUUUGACCUGCACAGCUCGAGGCAAGGUGGACCUCUCAUGGCCUUAGACAAUGCAAACAACAUCUUGGUGAAGUUUCGCUGCCACGCUCCUCCUAUCCGUUUUGCCAACAUCCCAACCAGUGAGCUUCGCUACAUUGCUAAUGAAAUAGAUGGCUUACCUGGGGGCGACAACACUGUUGUAGUUUUUGGCAUCUGGUCUCAUUUUAGCACUUUCCCCAUUGAGGUCUACAUCCGGCGGCUGCGGAGCAUCCGCAGGGCGGUGAAGCAGCUGCUGGAAAGGGCUCCGGGCAUGGUGGUCAUCAUCCGGACCGCAAACCCCAAAGCUUUGACGCUUUAUGAGACGAUAACCAACAGCGACUGGUACUCACUGCAGCGUGAUAAGGUGCUCAGAACCAUGUUCAAAGGACUAAAUGUUCAUCUAAUCGAUGCCUGGGAGAUGGUCCUUGCCCACCACCUGUCGCACAGCCUCCACCCACAACCUCCCAUUAUUAAGGCUAUGAUUGACCUUAUCAUGUCCUACAUGUGUCCUCAAAAGGGUGGCUAG